UCCUCCAGGCCUCAGCUAAAAUCUCGCUUCUUGCAUGAAGCCUUUCUUCAUUCCUCUUGCUGCUGGGGUGUUGGCGGCUUGUUUGAGGGCCGGCACUUUUCUCCUCCAUAGAUCUGGGAGCUCCUGGAGAGUGCAGACUUUGGGGUUCUGGUUUUGCUUCUCUUUGAAUUGUUUGUGUAAGUGCAGUGCCUGCUUCAGAAUAAGCACUUAACAAAUGAAUCUGGCUUGUCAAGGGAGAGAUACUGGACAGAAGAGGCUGGUAGGGAGGAACAUCUGAUUGGAUGCUGGCCGCUUUUGCCCCAGAGGGGAGAGGGGCUGUGAGUUUGGACAUGACGGGGGAAGUAGUGGUGGCUUGCGAUCUGGGGCCAGAAGGGGACAGGGGCUGGGGGCUUGGACACAUCAGUCCCUAAGAGAACAGAGGCUGGGUUUUGGAGCUCAUGACGGGGCAGGGGCUAGGGGACUAGGCAGCUGAGUGUCUGAGGGAACAGGAGCUGGGGGCCUGGGCACCUGCUUUCCUGAGGGGGCAGAGCCUGGAGACUUGCACAUCUGGGUUCACCAGGAGGAAAAUGCUGGGGUCCUAGAUAGCUUUGUUCCAAAAGGUCAGGGACUAGAUUCCUAGAUGCCUGUGUCCUGGGAGUCCAAAGAUGGUGCCUGGAUCCCAAAGCUGAGAUGGCGGCCUCAGGCCUCCAACAUCUGCCUACUGGGGAAAGCUGGGGCGUGAAAUCAGCCUAGGGGUUGGCGGAUGACGUCACACCCCCAUACCAGGGUGGCCACACCCAGCACCCCCCCAUCCCAUCCCACAGCUCCCCAGCCAGUCCUGGCCUCAGAGCACAGACAGGCUGCGCGGGACCUCCGGCCUGUGGAUGUCCAGAUUCUAGGUGAGUGUUUGCUCGGGGACUGGUAGAUGUUUGAGUCUCCAAGGAGGGUGGGCCUUUGAGGAGGAAAGGGUGAUGUGGAGUAGAAUUUCUGUGGCCUGUCCUCAGAACCCAGGCACUAACUAUCUCCACUCUCCUCAGUGACCCAGGCAUCUAGACCAGAAGACCUCAUUCUGGCCCCUUUUGGGGGUUUUCCCUCAAAGUCCCCAUCUAUUCUGGGGACCUUAGAACCCAGGGAGGGUUCAAAAGCCUGGACUUGUGGGACCUAGCAAUCUUCGCCUUGAUCAGAGAAAGCUUUGGGAUGAGAGUCCCUAGGUCAGGCCUCAGAAGUCUAACUUCUUACCCCUCAAGAUUCCAGGAAUUAGGGCUCCUAAUACUACCCUUUCAGGGCCUAUGCAUCUGGGAACCACUCUUUUCUCCCACCCUUCCAGACCCAGGAAUCUGAAUCUCCAGCCCCUGCCUUCUCAGGGACCCAGGUGCAAGGCCACGCCAGCAUGCCCUUGACUUUCUCCCUUGGCCUGCUCGUCCUCUUCACCCUGGGGGAGGGGGAGCACUGCUCGGACGCCCAGGGCAGGCCCCUCUUCUGUGUCCCCCCAACAGCCCUCCUAGCCUGGGCUGGGGGAUCGUGCGGUCGAGCGGUCAACCACAGCAGCAGCCUGAACCUGGCCCUCGGGGGCCCCUUCCUCUUGACCUCGGUCCACCUGCGCUUCUGCUCCCCGCCGGCAGCCAACGCCGUCGCUGGGGCCCGAGUCCUGGCCACGUCGAACGGCGGGGACGCCGCCGGGGGGCCCUGGUGGCCUCUGGCCAGGUUUUGGACCUCGGGGGGAGGCCCGACUGCCGAGCUGACCCUCCGCGCCCAGCUCGGCCCCGCCCAACACCGGCCCGCCGUCCACCUGCGCGUGGAGCUGGGGUCCCCAGAGGCGCUGGCGUCCGUGGCUGUGCGGGGCCGCUGUCAGUGUCACGGCCACGCCGCCCGCUGCGCUGCCCGACUUCAGCCCCCACGCUGCCGCUGUCGCCACCACACCACGGGUCCCGGGUGCGAAAGUUGCCUUCCGUCUCAUCAGGACUGGCCCUGGAGGCCGGCCACGCCCCAGCAUCCGUACGCGUGUCAGCCCUGCUCCUGCAAUCUGCACGCGCGACGCUGUCGCUUCCACGCCGAGGUGUUCCGACUGUCGGGAGGGCGGAGUGGCGGUGUCUGCGAACGCUGCCGCCACCACACCGCGGGCCGUCACUGCCACUAUUGCGAGCGGGGCUACUGGCGGGACCCCAAGCAGCCCCUAUCCAGCCGCAGGGCCUGCCGGGCCUGCCAGUGCCACCCCAUCGGUGCAACCGGGACCCAGUGCAACCAGACCAGCGGACAGUGUCCCUGCAAGCCAGGAGUGACUGGCCCCUCCUGUGACCGCUGCGCUGCAGGCUACCAGCAGAGUCGUUCUAUCCGUCUGCCCUGUCAGCGGAUCCCAGAGAUAACGACCACAGAGGCCACAGCCCCUAGUGUCUACACUCCAGACCCGACGUGCCAGAACCUCUGUAACGCGUCAGAAGGCAGAGUUCACAUGAGUCUGCAGGAAUACUGUCAUCAAGCCUACGUUCUUCGAGCUCAGGUUCAGUCCGCCAAGCCCUCAGGUCCAACCUGGUGGCGUCUGAGGAUCCGUGUCCUGGCUGUGUACAAGCAGCGGGCAGAGCCCCUGAGCACAGGACUACAGGAUGCCUGGGUUCCUCGUGCCGACCUGGUGUGCGGCUGCCUAACUCUCAGGCCCGGGUCUGUCUACCUGCUACUAGGGGGGCCACUCGGAGGACCCGACCCCACCCGCUUGGUCCUCGAUCAUCGUGGGCGCGCCCUGCCCUGGAGACCCCAGUGGGCGCAGACCCUGAAGCGGCGGCAGCGGGAGGAGCGGGCCGGGGGCUGCCCCUGAGAAUUUCUCCUCGCUGCUGGGUCUGAUGUGGAACCUUGCAUCCAUCCCUAAUAAAG